CGAGUGUUUCCGGUGUUGGCUGAUACACGAGGAAACGCAUGAGGAAACGGUCCUCGACGCAACAACGGCCGCUGAUUGGCUGGUCAUCUGUAAGGAGGCUGAAAAAGUGACGCUGGGAUGAAAAGCCACGGGACAAAUAGCUGAUUAUUUAUUCUGCUGGAAGGAUUUGUCAUGGCGACACAACUGAAUCCAUGGCAGGGACUAGAUCCCUGAGAGCCAGAGGGCAUCGGGCUUCAUCACAGGUAUCGGAGGAUUUCCCAGGUUCCACUGUGCACGAGGACAACAUGAGGCUUCCUAAACGCUGGGCGACACACAGUGUGUGUGCGCGUGCGUGUGUCUACAGGCGUGUGUUGGCACUGGGUGUGGUUUUAGGUUUGCUGUGUUUGGGGAUAGUCUCUCUAACAAUGAUGGAGAAGACCGAGACAAGCAAACCUCUGGACUGGCACGUCAGCGAUGCACAUAAAAAGCUGGUGCACGAGCACGUGCACAGGGUUCUGGAGAGCCCGUGUCGUCCCAGCGGCACCAGGCAGAGUUUGUUAGCUCGACUCCCCGCUUCAAGUCACAUGACCCAGGCCUUUCUGUGGAAGGAUGUGCCACUCCCUGACGACCUUUUCCUGUAUCCACCACCUUUUGGAUUCAGAGGUCUUCAGAGCAGAGUAGAGAACCUGCUCAAGCAGCUUCCAGACUCUGACUCCGUGCCCCUGCCAGAAAAGACGUCAGAUAAAUGUCAGCGCUGUGUGGUCAUGGGAAAUGGAGGCAUUCUCAGAGGCCUGGAGCUGGGCCCACUGAUCGACCGCUUUGAGACCAUCAUCAGGUUAAACAGCGGUCCUCUGGGAGAGUUCAGUGUUGACGUCGGAAAUCGAACCAGCAUCAGGAUGAGCUACCCAGAGGGGACACCGCUGCAAUGGAUGGACUCAGACCCACACACUCUGUUUGUGACUGUGGUUUAUAAAAGUGUAGACAUCAGCUGGAUCUCUGCUAUGGUCAACAAGCUCUCUGUGCCUCUGUGGGACUGGCUCUUCUUCUGGCAGAAGGUUCCAGAUCAAAUCCCUGUUAAACGCCACAGGUUCAGACUUCUAAACCCACAAAUCAUCAGAGAGACUGCAGUGGAUCUACUGAAAUACCCUCCACCCAGACUACACCUGUGGGGAAGAGACCAGAAUGUGCCCACCAUGGGGGUCUCUGCACUGAAUUUAGCCAGCCUUCUGUGCGACGAGGUCAGCCUGGCAGGCUUCGGCUACAACCUCUCCCAGCAGGAGGCACCACUGCACUACUACGACCAUCUGCCCAUGACUGCCAUGCUGAAGCAGACUUCCCACAAUGUGGACAGAGAGACUGAACUCUUACAAGAGCUGGUCCGAGAGGGCGCCAUCACUGACCUGACGGGAGGGAUUCACUGCUCCUUCUGCUCCAGCUGACAGCAUGGCACUUCUUUGUUGUAAAGUGCUUUUAAAAAGAAAGAAUACAUUGUACAAAAACACACAAAGACAACGGUAAGACCAAAGGACUUAUAAACGUGUGAGAGACAAGGAAGAAGAGACAGGUGAGAGAGAAACAUGGAAUAAAGGUAGAAACAAAUGUAAUAUUUGUCACAAAGUGCUUCUUGAAGAACAAAGGACAUGAUUACAGAAAGAGAGUAACAUGGUGUCCACUGGGCCGUACAUGUCUGUCAGUAUUUACAUUUUACAGUUCUCUUUUUGCUGUGUAGCAGCAGUCUCAUUGAUCUAAUCUGACCCAUCAACUUUUAAACCAACAAUUGCUCUUAAAGUGUCUUUGCUGAUGAACCCAACUAAAAGUCAGUGUGCAUAUUGAAAUGUUGAAUUAGAAUUCUAUUAUUACUUUAAUCCAUAUCAGCAUUUCUGACAGUUAUGGGCCCCAAACAUGCCUUCUGUAGGUAGCGUUAGGGCCUUUGCACAUCUGAAAGUCCAAACAAAGAUUUUACACGUUUAGUUUUGGUUUUACAUCGCAAUUGUGUGAGCACAGUAAAGAAAUAUACAUGACAUACCUGUGUCCUUCAUGAGCUGCCUCUACCAGCACUUGACAUUUGUUGGUUUGUAGACGAGUCAGUCCUGUAGUGUCCUUUAUCUUACAUCCACUUGGAAAAUAACUGAAAAGUUUGUGAGAUUUUCCAACUGACUCUUUAUAAAGUUGUCCCCUCCUCUCCCCCCAUGUGCCACCGUGGCUCAUUUUGUUAUGUGGCGUUGUUGAUUGACAAACUGAAACUUACACUGUACAUUUACUACAUCUUGAUAACGGCUCAUUUCUGCUCUGAUCCGAUCGCAAAUGGCUGUCUGCCCUGAGUGCAGCAACCGUCGCUCUCUCUGUCGUUAAACCACACACAUUACACACUGAGGCGCUACACUACUCUUAUCACUUGACCAUAGCUUGUCAAAAUUUCCUGUAAUUGGUCUGAAAGCCCAAACCAUCCUGAAAUGUUUUCACAACAGAAACAAACAGAGCCAUGCUUCAGUUAUAUCCAGACUGAGACCGCCUCCUUUUGUCUGACCUAAUGUUUGGCUGUUUGGCCCAGACAGUGGUCUCACACCUGUAAUUUUGGUUCAGAUCAAAGUCCAAAAGUCCAGACCAAACAAGGUAGAUGAGAAGGGGCCCUCAAUGUGUAGAUAAGCUCACCUACUUUUGAACUGAGGACUGCUUCAGUUGACAAUUACUGUCUUAUUAGUAUCUUGUUAGUUCAUGAUAGUAAUUACAUAGUAAAAUGGUUGUAUCAAAACAUCCCUAGUAAGCAGACUAAACUGAACCAAGCCUGUUUCUCCGCUUGUUAUAAAGACAUUUUGUUCACUUUCAAAUGAAAUGACAGAGUUAAAUACAGAGUUAAAUAUGUUACCAUGCAUAUUAUUUAUUCCUAUGAACACUGGAACAGAUGGAUCUGUAUGUGAAGUUACAGAGGAAUGUAAAAAGCGGAUUGUUUUGCAUCAGUCCAAGAUGUCUUCAAAUAGUUGAAGUUCUAUGUUGCUUACAGAAUAUUGUAGCACACAAUAUUUAUCAGCACAUCUAUAUUGUUCCACUGUAUAUUAAAUUGUACUUGUUUAUUCUGCAGUCUUAUUAAAUGGUUGGUCGGUAAAACGGUG